ACGGUGGAUCUCUGGGAACAGGGCUGGAGGGCCCUGGUGUAAACCUACAGGACGGUAUCUCUCCAGGAACAGGGCUGGAGAGCUCUGAGGUAAACUGUAACGGAGACAUUUAAAAGGGUACCGCGUGUGUGUGUGUGUGUGUGUGUGUGUGUGUGUCUCAAAUGGUACCCUAGUCCCUAUUUAGUGCACUACUUUUGACCAGGGCCUAUAGUCCUACCUGGCACCCUAUACCCUAUAAGGAGUGCACUAAAAAGGAAAGAGUGUGCCAUUUGGGACACAAUCAUUGUGCUCACAUGGUGUUCUACAGGAAAUGAAAAAACCCUGUAGUUAGUAACAGCCAGGUUGGAAGAUCCUCAAACGAAAUCUUGAGCAUCUAUCAAAUUACAGUGGCUGGGUUGGUUGGUAAGUGUGAUAGUGUUGAUUAGACCAACAAAAAAAACAAACAUCUGAUACUGGAUUGGGUGAUCAUGUGUUCACUGCCCGACUAUAACCACACCCUGGUGCUUGAACACGUGAGGUCUUAUUCUAUAGAGAUUUACUCGAGCCCUUAAAUUCACAUCUGGGCCUCCAAGCCAGUUCCACUUCUUUUUUCUUUCUUUCUUUAAUUCUUCCUCUUUUUAAUUUUCCUAUUUUUUUUCAAUUUUUUUUUGUAAUGUAACUUUUUAUUUAACUAGGCUGAUUUAGACCUGGGACACCAGGUGGGGUGAUAUUAAUGAUUAGGGCCUGAUUUAGACCUGGGACAACAGGUGGGGUGAUAUUAUUGAUCAGGGCCCGAUUUAGACCUGGGACAACAGGUGGUUGUGAUAUUAAUGAUCAGGGGCUGAUUUAGACCUGGGACACUAGGUGGGGUGAUAUUAAUGAUCAGGGGCUGAUUUAGACCUGGGACACCAGGUGGGGUGAUAUUAAUGAUCAGGGGCUAAUUUAGACCUGGGACAUCAGGUGGGGUGAUAUUAAUGAUCAGGGGCUGAUUUAGACCUGGGACACUAGGUGGGGUGAUAUUAAUGAUCAGGGCUUGAUUUAGACCUGGGACACCAGGUGGGGUGAUAUUAAUGAUCAGGGGCUGAUUUAGACCUGGGACACCAGGUGGGGGUGAUAUUAAUGAUCAGGGGCUGAUUUAGAUCUGGGACACCAGGUGGGGUGAUAUUAAUGAUCAGGGGCUGAUUUAGACCUGGGAUACCAGGUGGGGUGAUAUUAAUGAUCAGGGGCUAACUUAGACCUGGUACAUCAGGUGGGGUGAUAUUAAUGAUCAGGGGCUGAUUUAGACCUGGGACACCAGGUGGGGGUGAUAUUAAUGAUCAGGGGCUGAUUUAGAUCUGGGACACCAGGUGGGGUGAUAUUAAUGAUCAGGGGCUGAUUUAGACCUGGGAUACCAGGUGGGGUGAUAUUAAUGAUCAGCGCUCGAUUUAGACCUGGGUUACCAGGUGGGGUGAUAUUAAUAAUAAGGGGUUGAUUUAGACCUGGGACACCAGGUGGGGUGAUAUUAAUGAUCAGGGGCUGAUUUAGACCUGGGACACCAGGUGGUUGUGAUAUUAAUGAUCAGGGGCUGAUUUAGACCUGGGACACCUGGUGGUUGUGAUAUUAAUGAUCAGGGGCUGAUUUAGACCUGGGACACCAGGUGGUUGUGAUAUUAAUGAACAGGGGCUGAUUUAGACCUGGGACACCAGGUGGGGUGAUAUUAAUGAUCCGUUAGAACAAAUAAAUCAGCUGUACUCCGGACCUUGUAGAGUAAGAGUUGAGUACCCCUUCUGCUAGAUUACCAUCAAAUGCACCCUCUAUCCACCUCUAUGCCAUGCACGCUCAGACGGCGGCGCGAGGAGAUCAAGAAGCCCCAACACACAGAGGAUUACAUCACUGAUGGGCAUUGAGCCAGGCGUGGUACUUGGAACUGCUUGGGGUAUACAGGAGAUCAGAUGGACACUUGGCAACCUGCAGAGUUUUCAUUAUUUAUAGUCUUUGGUAUCUACAUCUAUGGGGUACAUAGGAUGGACAUGACAAAAGUGGACAAUGGCUAUUCUACUUUGUCAUAGAGUGUGAGUCACUUUGUGAAUAUGGACCCUGAUUGCUCUCUCCCUCAUCCCCAUUUCUUACUCUGGCCAUCAUAGACCCAAGUUCUCCCCCUCCCCCAUCCCCAUUCCUUACUCUAGCUAUCAUAGACCCACGCCCCCAUCCCCAUUCCUCACUCUAGCUAUCAUAGACUCAAGUCUUCCCCUUCUAGCUAUCAUAGACCCGAGUCUUCCCCCUCUAGCUAUCAUAGACUUGAGUCUUCCCCCUAUGGCUAUCAUAGACCUGAGUCUUCCCCUUCUAGCUAUCAUAGACCCGAGUCUUCCCCCUCUAGCUAACAUAGACCCAAGUCUUCCCCUUCUAGCUAUCAUAGACCUGAGUCUCCCACCUCUAGCUAUCAUAGACCCGAGUCUUCCCCCUCUAGCUAUCAUAGACUCAAGUCUUCCCCUUCUAGCUAUCAUAGACCCGAGUCUUCCCCCUCUAGCUAUCAUAGACCUGAGUCUUCCCCCUAUGGCUAUCAUAGACCUGAGUCUUCCCCUUCUAGCUAUCAUAGACCUGAGUGUUCCCCCUCUAGCUAUCAUAGACCCAAGUCUCCCACCUCUAGCUAUCAUAGACCCGAGUCUUCCCCUUCUAGCUAUCAUAGACCUGAGUCUUCCCCUUCUAGCUAUCAUAGACCUGAGUCUUCCCCUUCUAGCUAUCAUAGACCUGAGUCUUCCCCUUCUAGUUAUCAUAGACCCGAAUCUUCCCCCUCUAGCUAUCAUAGACCCAAGUCUUCCCCUUCUAGCUAUCAUAGACCUGAGUCUUCCCCUUCUAGCUAUCAUAGACCUGAGUCUUCCCCUUCUAGUUAUCAUAGACCCGAAUCUUCCCCCUCUAGCUAUCAUAGACCCAAGUCUUCCCCCUCUAGCUAUCAUAGACCCAAGUCUUCCCCCUCUAGCUAUCAUAGACCCAAGUCUUCCCCCUAUGGCUAUCAUAGACCCAAGUCUUCCCCUUCUAGCUAUCAUAGACCCAAGUCUUCCCCUUCUAGCUAUCAUAGACCCAAGUCUUCCCCUUCUAGCUAUCAUAGACCCGAGUCUUCCCCUUCUAGCUAUCAUAGACCCAAGUCUUCCCCCUAUGGCUAUCAUAGACCCAAGUCUUCCCCCUCUAGCUAUCAUAGACCCAAAUCUUCCCCUUCUAGCUAUCAUAGACCUGAGUCUUCCCCCUAUGGCUAUCAUAGACCCAAAUCUUCCCCCUCUAGCUAUCAUUGACCCAAAUCUUCCCCCUCUAGCUAUCAUAGACCUGAGUCUUCCCCUUAUGGCUAUCAUAGACCUGAGUCUUCACCUUAUGGCUAUCAUAGACCUGAGUCUUCCCCUUAUGGCUAUCAUAGACCUGAGUCUUCCCCCUAUGGCUAUCAUAGACCCGAGUCUUCCCCCUAUGGCUAUCAUAGACCCGAGUCUUCCCCCUAUGGCUAUCAUAGACCCGAGUCUUCCCCCUAUGGCUAUCAUAGACCCGAGUCUUCCCCCUAUGGCUAUCAUAGACCCGAGUCUUCCCCUUCUAGCUAUCAUAGACCUGAGUCUUCCCCCUAUGGCUAUCAUAGACCCAAGUCUGAGUGAUGACCACUUUAUAGUACUACUGUCUUAUUUGGUCUUUCAUCAGAGACCAAUACAUGCUUUCCCUACAAUUUGAUAACUUAAUUCCCUGUAAAUUUCAUUGACAUAAUUUCGGGAAAACGUCCAGGUCCCAAACUGUACAAAUGUAUCAAGUAUCAAAGUUCUAAGCUCUUAUGAUCAAGUGAACGAUUCAACAACAAACCAAAAAUGAAUUGAAGAGAUUUAAGAUUGUA